GGCACGCGGCCAGCGGCGCCUCCGCGAGACUUGCCCCCCCUCGUCGGGCGCCCCCUCCCCCGACGGCGCCGCAUGGACCGCGGCCCCCGCCAACUCCUGUCGCAGCAGGCCGGCGGCCAGCGUUGGCCCCCCGCGGCAGCGCGAUGGGGCCCCUGGAGCACAAGGAGGAGGGCAACCGCCUCUUCGGGCAGCGGGAGUGGCGGCGCGCCGCCGAGGAGUACACGAAGGGCCUCGGCGGUGCUGGCACCGAGCUGCCCGGGGACCAGCGAGGGCUGCUGUUGUCGAACCGCAGCCAGUGCAUGCUGAACCUGGAGGAGCCUCCCCGUGACUGGGGAAAGAAUGCUCGGAGGAGGGAAACGUGCUCAUACUGCUGUUCCUUGCCUCUGCUUUGAAUUUCUAGGCCUCCUGGGAGGCCCUCGUCGUCACUGCUGAAUUCGCUCCAGAAUUCUGGUCAGGAUGCGC